ACAUGCGCAUUGAGCCUAGUUAACCAGUGGGAAAAAAAAAAUCAACAUACGAUAUUCAGUAAAUUACUUUCGUGGUUUGAACGAAGUGCCUUCUUUAUAGACGUUCAUGUCCUUCGAUACAUAAAACAUGUAGCUCCAAUUAAACUAUAAUUGGGUUUUUUGUUUUGAUAAUAUUUCUUGUAUUAAGUCAGUUAUUGUCAGUCGGAGAUUUCUGUCGCAGACUAGUUUUUCUGUAUUAAAUUAUUAAAAAAUGGCCGCAGCCGCCCCACAAGCUGACACAGUCUCCCAUGUAUCUGAAGCAUUCAGCGGUCAAGAUAUGGAUGGGGAAGAUCUUAGCUACAGUGAAAAUGAAGACAGCAGAAUGGAUGCUGGUCAACAUGCCAACUCCCUGCGAGACAAGGACAGAAAGAUUGGACACAGGAGAGUGGACAAGUCUGGAAUUGUCUCGUACAAAAAGAAACCAACUUCGGAAUUGAUGGCAGCAAUUCAGCUGGGCAUUGGUCAAAGUGUUGGUGGACUGUCAUCCAAACCUGAGAGAGAUGUGCUGAUGCAAGAUUUUGGUGUGGUGGAGGUCGUGUUUUUUCCAGGUGAUGGAAGCAACUUGACCCCAGCUCACCAUUACAGUGACUUUAGGUUCAAGACCUACGCCCCAGUUGCCUUCAGAUAUUUUCGUGACUUGUUUGGAAUUCAACCAGAUGAUUUUAUGUUAUCCUUGUGUGACGAGCCACUGAAGGAACUCUCCAACCCUGGCGCCAGUGGAAGCAUCUUCUACCUUACCCAGGACGACGAGUUCAUCAUUAAAACAGUGCAGCAUAAGGAGGCAGAGUUUUUACAGAAGCUUUUGCCUGGCUAUUUUUUGAAUAUCAGCCAGAACAAGAGGACUCUGUUACCCAAGUUCUACGGGCUCUAUUGCUACCAGAAUGAGGAGUGGCUUAAGGGUACCGCCAGAAAGCAUGCGACCAAAGACGAUAAAAAACAAUGCGGUGGCAAAAACAUUCGGUUCACUGUGAUGAACAACCUCCUCCCCUCUACUGUGAAGCUACAUGAGAAAUAUGACAUGAAGGGCAGCACGUACAAGCGUAAGGCAUCCAAACAUGAACGGUCCAAGAACUCUCCCACACUCAAGGACCUGGACUUCAUGGAGAACCACCCAGAGGGCCUGCAGCUAGAGAAGGACACGUAUGAUGCUUUGAUCAAAACUCUGCAGAGGGAUUGUCGGGUGUUGGAGAGUUUUAAAAUUAUGGAUUACAGUUUACUUGUGGGCAUCUACAACCUUGAUCUAGCAAACAAAGAGAAGCAACAGUUACAACAACAACAACAGAGUGAUCAGAUGGAUCAUGUUGGUCCAGCAGGUCCAGUUGCACAUGAAGGUCGACCUGGAGGCCGCAAUUCUCUGCAGAGAGGAAAAUCUUUUAAAACAAGAAUUGGUCAGUACUCCACACCCAUGGAGUCCAUUCAAGGCCACACAGAUUUGACAGACGACAUUGAAGAGGAUGAGGAUGUCCCGUCUGAAAGCUACAUCCCUCAUUGGCUGAGCAGUUCUCAUGUUUCAGAUUGUCCUGGAGGAAUACCUGCACGGAAUGCUAAGGGGGAACGACUCUUGAUUUAUCUUGGUAUUAUUGACAUCCUGCAAUCUUUCAGGCUAAAGAAACGUUUAGAACACACCAUGAAAUCCAUUGUUAUAGAUGGGGACACAAUAUCAGUGCAUCGGCCCAGCUACUAUGCACAAAGGUUUUUACAGUACCAUGCAACAAGGGUGUUCAAGAAAACCCCAACAGCACUUAAACAUUCUCCUUCAAAGAAAAGGUCCUUAGUGAACAAAUCCAAAGGGCAGCAACCCAUCCCAGAGCAGCCAGAAGGUGGCACUGCCAAUAUGAAGCCUGAGAGAUCAGGUAGAACCAUUAGUUUUUCUGAUGAGGCUAUUCCAGCAGGUUCUGGUGCUGUGGGUGGCAAGCCAGAUCUACUUCCUGAAAAUUCCCACAUGCCGUCUAGCAAUGCUAACCGCUCCCCCUCACCCCGACCACUGGGACACAAUAUCAAUGGAAAUUCUCGACAAAAACGGUCUGAAGCCAUCAACCUAACCACUUACCCCAGUGAGGAUGCUCUGUCUGCAGGGACGGCCUCCACAGCAUCUUUGCGAGGAAUAGGUACCAACUACCCACGAGGUUCCUCCCCCCCUCUCAGCUUGUCUGAGUCCACACCCACCCACACCUAUACAGAGGGCACGCCAAGUUUUACCAACUCUAGCCCCAGCUGCUGCAGUGAUGUCAUGGGCACUGCACGUAGCAGUUGCACCACAGCAACCACUCACUUUAUUUCCACCCAUUGCUCUGCUCACUACCUGCUACAGCCAGCAUCCUCCUCCUCGACUAGGGCAGUGCCCCUCCCUCCUCCAUCAGCCACUGCCACCAGCCAUUCUCUCACCAAAUGCAAUCAGGACACUGGCAGCACCAAUCCUCUUGACACUGUUGGUCUAGACUCUCCUGUACACAGCCCUGACCUGCGCUACCAGCAGCCAGGCAAGGCUGGCCUAUCAUCGCCUUCACGCUCCCCGCAGAUUGGCUACAGUAGUGUCAGGACAGAAGAUGUUUCGUACAAGACAAGCCCAGACUCACAAGUUUCAUCAAAAAAUGAAAGCUCUGUUCAGUAUUCAACAACCAGCACAUCACUGGCAUCAGGGGACACAAGCGAGUCAACAGGCACUUCCUCCUCCGCUACAACAAUAGCAGCACAAACUAUUGAAAUCUCAGCUGAAAUUUCUGAAACAGAUGAAAGAAAGAGCAGACCAAAGCCCCAUGGACAUGCUGAUGUUUAAAGGACGUGCCCUGUUCAGUAAUUGCCAUUGAGAUAACCAACCAUUAAAGACGAGAUUGUGAGACUGGUUGAUGCAGGGGAGGAGUGGGUUCUGUGAUAAAAGACAGCAGCAGGCCAAGGUUGUGGAGUCAUUGGAGUCACUGGGAAGAUGCAGUCACCUGUGAUGUGAGUCACCUAAGACAGUCAUCCUUGAUGUGAGUCAACUAGGACACAGUCACCAUAAGUCACCUGGAUUACCAGUCACAUGAGGCACUAGUCACCCCGGGUGCACCAGCCAAGGGUGCAUGUCUCUAGGCCACCAAGAAGACUACUCCCCUUAGGCACCAGUCACUAAAUCCAGUUUUCUUUGAGGCGCAGCAUUGCCACAGUGGAUUGCUGGUCUGCUUGAUUUCUCUUCAAAGAUUUAACACUUUGUCUAAACAACUGAAAGAAUUUUUAUAGUCCAUUCAUAAAAACCUGAUUGAUGAGUUAGUUUUGAUUUUAGAAAAAAAUGCUAUAUGGCUAAUAAAUUGUGCUGAUAUUUUUUUCACUUUGUAGGAAAGCUUUUGUUAAAGAAUUUUUUUGUAAACACUAUUGUAAGGAUUAUUUGUAUAACAAAAUUUAUUAGUUUAUCCUUUCCUGAUGGAAAUAUCUAGUUAUUUCAUCCUAAUUGGAUUAAUGUCUAGCUAUCUUUUUCUGAAGGAGCAAAGGCUCAUCUUACCUUUAUUUUUUUCAAUGUUGGCCAAUUCAUUUGAUCUCUAAAAGGGUUGCUGCAUCAGUCAGGUUGGGUCUAUUGGUUCCACUAUUUUUUAUUCAGUCUCUAACAUCAGUGUUUAGUUAAAAAUAGAAGAAAACUUGAAUAAUAUUGUGUGCAUAUUGUGAGGGGAUGGUUGUCAUGAUGUAGCCAGUUAAGAAAGUGUAUUUAGAACUCCUGGGGUUCCGAACCCAGAUGGAGAAACAGGUGACGACUGUUUCUUGUACAUAGGCCAGACGUUAAUGAUUAUGUUGUUAGAACAGCCACUGUUUAUCACAUACAUUCAAUGUUUCCAUUUUUUUUAAAGCCAUUGGUAAUAGUUUUUCUGUAACAAGUUUAUAUUAUUUUAAAAGGUAAAUGUAGUUUUUCCAUUAAAGCGUUUGAAUUAGAUUGCUUUAAAAGUUGAAGCUAGCGUUUUACUGUUUUUGAAUUAGAGAACUUCAAACAUAAAUGUAAUAUCUGGCCUUUAUUCUGUCCACUAAAACACGUGAAAAAAUCCUUUAUCCUAUGUAUCCAUUUUCUUCGUCUUUGAUUAAAUUGUUUUUAAUUAGAAUUAAACAUCCUGUCAUAAGUGAUAAGGUAUCCAUAUUGACUCUUGUUGAUGUCCAAUAUCAUUUCUCUAGUCUCAUUUCAAGUGAAAAUUUGCAUUUCAACUUGUAUUUUUUGUGUGUCAUUGCCCCCCCACCCCCACCACAUAAGUAUAUUUUUUUCUUCAAUCAUCUUUGUGUAAGCUAGUCUUUGCUUACACUAGAUGGUUUACUAGGCUACAUAUGUUAAAAUCCAAUUUGGGAAAUAGAUUGAAAAGGAUCAGGAAAUAUUUUUGUUCUGUAAUUUGGCUGCUUUCUCUAACAAUUUAAAAUGUUUUUAAAACGGGAAGUAUUCCAUGUCAUGUAAUAUUUUUGUAGUUUGGCGUAGAUCCCAAUGCGCAUACAUUCAUUUGUCCUCAUUGCAUUGUCUUAGAUCAAUGUUUGAUUCGUUUGUUAUUGGCACAACAGUUGUGCUAACUAGAAAUUUAAUGAAUUUCAAUGCUUCACUUUUAUUUUAAAAUCUCACAAUUUUGACAAUUUUAAAAAAUUAAAAAAACUGUUUCUUGUCAUAGAAGGUUAUGAUAACCAUACCCUUCAUUCCUAGUGGUCAGUGAAAUAUUUCCUCACACAGGAUUACACAGUAACUUAUUAUUGUAUGUACCAAAUUUGUGUAUACUAGUGAGUGGUGAGAACUUCUAAAACUCUGCCAGGUUUGUGUUUCAGUAUAACAAAUGGAGCUGCCAUACUAUACAAGCCAGUUGAAUAUUUUUAUAGUUAACAUUGCUAUACGGGUGCUAAUGUUGAAAAAAAAAAGACUAUAAGAAAAUGUAUAGGAACAAAGGCUGGAAAUAGUGUUUGUUAGAAAGUCAUUUCAUCCACUCUCUCUAGCUAUGCCUGAUCAAUGUUAUUGGUGUGUAGCAUAUUCCAUGUGAAUACAAAAAACAUAUAUAUUUUAAACUUUAUAUUAAUAAAUGAUUAAAAUAUGAA